UGUUUCUGAUGCUACAGGGGCUGGCCACGCUGCCACCACUUGCACAUCAAGACAGACUUGCAACACGUGCUGUCACGUAUGUGAAAAAGGCAGGGUUGGCUGCCACGGGCACCGGGUGGAGAGGCAAUGCUGGACCUCAUUAUUUUAAGCCUCCACUACUUCAUCUGCUUCCUCAUCUCUAUCGUGAUCUGGCGAGGAGCUAAGGAUGUGGAUUUGCCCAGCGCAAGCACAGAAACAGCUGAAAUGACGCCAGAUGGUCUGAUGUUAAUUGGUAAAGAAGAUGACAUAAAGAGAACUGGGAGAAAAACAGCCAAAGUCAAUGGCAGAGGAGUUGUUGUUUUCUACCACGAAGGGAAAUUUCAUGCUUUGGACUCUCGCUGCUACCAUGAAGGAGGCCCUCUACGCCUUGGAGAAAUAGAGGAUAUCGAUGGCCAAGCAUGCAUUGUUUGUCCUUGGCACAAAUUUAAAAUUACACUGGAAACAGGAGAAGGAUUAUAUGAAGCAAUUAACCCUCUGGAGCCAUCAUCAACACCAAAGUGGCAAUCAAAAGGAGUCAAACAAAGGAUUCAUAAAGUCACAAUAGACAAUGGAAAUGUUUAUGUGAGCCCUCCAGAUUUGUCUGUAAGUUUUGACUCCGACUAUUUUGCUGAGAAGUACAAAAAUCAUGAUGAUAGUUUAGACACAGAAAAACAAAGCGAUUCGAAAGCAGCACAGUAAGCUGUGGACAAAAACCAGAACCCUAAAAAAUGCCCCGAUGAAGAACCAUUGUCAUGAAAUAAAAAUGUGGCCAUAAAGAUAAUCUCUAGAUUAAAUUCUAGUGUUAAUGUUAUUUUAAAGCAUGAAAACGCUUAGAGCUGAGUUAGAUAAGGAGCUCUGCAUUGCUAGAAAUAUGACUGAUCUUGUGCCAAUGAUAUUUUUAUGCACUUGCAUUUUGAAAAUAGUUAUUUACAUCAGAGUGCUUCGGAAUACUUGAUACUUCAGAAAUCCUGUUUUGCUGGAAUUGUUUUAAUUUUUAGAAGGGGAUAUAGUAUAUUACUGCUUAUAAAACUCAUUACAUACUUUAAAGUGAAUUGUCAGGUGUAAAGGUUAUGUUUAUAUACUUAACAGUUUAUACUUACAAUGCUUUCGGUAUAAAUGACAUAGAAAUUUUCAACUUUUGGGAUAUGCAAGCAAUUUCUGAGUGUUUAUUACGUGCCAUAAAGAAAAGUAUAAACCUUAAAUAUAAUUUAGUCAGCUUUUUUUACACCUAAUUGUGUAUUACUACUGUGAUUCCAUAAAAGUAUUUCUUUUCAUUCUCCUCCUUGAACUCCUUUUGGAAGUUCAUCAAAUGAUAUGAAAGCUUGUGUACAGCUUGUUCUUCCUGAUUCUGUUGGGUGAGAACAGAGCUCUUGGCUAUAAAACCCUAAUACGAUAUGCAGUGACUCUUGCUUAUUUUGUUUCAUUUAUUGUAAAU